GGGCGAAGAAACGAAGAUCCUACCCCCCUCCCGAGAAUGUCCUCCACUUCCAGGGAUGAGCGAUGCCUGCUGGCAGUUCCGAAGAAGGGAAGGCUGCACGAGCGGUGCAUGAAGCUGCUUCAAGGAUGUGGCCUCGAGUGCGAGCGUGCUGAGCGGCUGGACAUCGCCCACUGUGACAACAUCCCCAUCACCCUGGUCUUCCUGCCCGCAGCUGACAUACCCAAAUUUGUCGGCGAGGGGAAUGUGGACAUCGGCAUCACAGGCCAGGACGUCAUCAGGGAGGAGUCUGUCGAUGUGACACAGCUGCUGGAGCUCGGCUUCGGCAAGUGUCAGCUGGCCGUGCAGGCCCCAAAGGGCCAGUACGCGUCUGCGGCUGACCUCAUCGGCAAGAAGAUCGUCACCUCUUUCCCCAACCUGACCGCGCAGUUCUUCAAGGAACUUGCCGCAAGCAAAGGGCGGACUGAGGACACGACAGUGGUGGCGGUGGGGGGGUCUGUGGAGGUCAGCUGUACCAUGGGCCUCGGUGACGCUGUCGUCGACUUGGUGGAGACCGGUGCGACCAUGGAUGCCGCCGGGCUGGAGAAGCUUGACGUCAUUCUCCGCACUCAGUGUGUCCUCAUCGCCAACAAGAGCUGCGGCCAUCCUGCCAUCGUCGACCGGCUCAAGAAGCGCAUGCAGGGGUUCCUCGACGCUCAGCAGUACUCGAUGGUGUCGUACAACGUGCACGCCGCCAACAAGGCCGCGGCCAUCGCCAUCACCCCAGGGCGGCGGUCGCCCAAUGUGACGAACCUGGAGGAGGAGGGUUGGUUUGCUAUCAGCGCGAUGGUCAAGAAGUCCGAGCUCAUGGACGUGAUGGACCGAUUGGCAGACUGUGGGGCUAUCGAUAUUCUCGCCUUCGACAUUAGGAGCUGUCGAGGGUCGGCCCAGUCACAAUGAAGAUUUAUUCAAAUGCCUAAGCCUUUAUUGGAUUGCGAUGAUUGAUAAGUGUGUUGAGCGAUGAUGAUUGGCUG